AGGAUGAGAUCAUAGUUUCAGGAUCCUCAGGAAACCCUGGUACUGGCAGCAGCCAGCCUCUGCUGUGCCCACAUGACCCACAACUCUGGCAGCGGACCCGGCACUUCCAACAUUAUUAAAUAAUAAGAAAGCGGCUCCUACUCCAUGCCCAAGCCUCCCUACAGACCAAUGGACACCUUCUAAGAGUUUGGCGAGUCGGUGACUGAGGCGCCCGUCCAUUCCAAGAUAAAUAGGAUUUCCAGUCCCUGGAUGAAGUGCUUGGGAAGUCUUUAAAUGUCAUUCUCAACUGCCAUUUCAAAGAAAAGAAAAUAGAUGGUUUUGGAAAGUUCAUGCUGUUUCUUCAUUGAAUUUUAGAAUGAUUGAAGAUAGUGGGAAAAGAGGAAAUACCAUGGCAGAAAGAAGACAGCUGUUUGCAGAGAUGAGGGCUCAAGAUCUGGAUCGCAUCCGGCUCUCCACCUACAGAACAGCAUGCAAGCUUAGGUUUGUUCAGAAGAAAUGCAAUUUGCACCUGGUGGACAUCUGGAAUGUCAUAGAAGCAUUGCGGGAGAAUGCCCUGAACAAUCUGGACCCAAACAUAGAACUCAACGUGGCCCGCUUGGAGGCUGUGCUCUCCACCAUUUUUUAUCAGCUCAACAAACGGAUGCCAACCACUCACCAAAUCCACGUGGAGCAAUCCAUCAGCCUCCUCCUUAACUUCCUGCUUGCAGCCUUCGAUCCGGAAGGCCAUGGUAAAAUUUCAGUGUUUGCUGUCAAAAUGGCUUUAGCCACGUUGUGUGGAGGGAAGAUUAUGGACAAAUUAAGAUAUAUUUUCUCAAUGAUUUCUGACUCCAGCGGGGUGAUGGUUUAUGGACGGUACGACCAAUUCCUUCGGGAAGUUCUCAAAUUACCCACGGCAGUUUUUGAAGGUCCUUCGUUUGGUUACACAGAACAGUCAGCUAGAUCCUGUUUCUCCCAACAGCAGCCAACUCAGCAGAGAAGUGCUCCUGACAUCUCCUUCACCAUUGAUGCAAAUAAGCAACAGAGGCAGCUGAUCGCAGAACUAGAAAACAAGAACAGAGAAAUCUUACAGGAGAUCCAGAGACUUCGGCUAGAGCAUGAACAAGCUUCCCAGCCCACACCAGAGAAGGCACAGCAAAACCCUACCCUGCUGGCAGAACUCCGGCUCCUCAGACAGCGCAAGGAUGAGCUGGAACAGAGAAUGUCUGCUCUCCAGGAGAGCCGGAGAGAGCUAAUGGUGCAGUUAGAAGGUCUCAUGAAGCUACUAAAGGAAGAAGAACUGAAGCAGGGAGUAAGUUAUGUCCCCUACUGCAGGUCUUAACUAACAGUGGAGGGGCCUGCCGACCUGCCGUUUUCUCAUUGCUUUUGCCUCUAAUGUAUGUUCAUGCUUCAGUUUGGAAAGAGAAAAAAAAAAUCAUACUAAUUUGCUUCCUUUUCAAUGUAGUGCUUGAAUUAAGAGAUAUAAAAUUGAGCAUUUUUAUAACUAUCACUACUAUCAGCAUCAAAAGAAGAGCUAUUACAUCUUUUAGAAGAGGGAACAAAUUGUCAUUUGUUGGAAACUUUUUGGAUCCCCAAGGGUAGAAGUUUCAAACCAGUCUCAUGCUUUUCAGGAUUGUUGAUCUGACCCUUCUCCUAAUAGCAAGACACCCACCACAGUCACUAGAGCUACACCGAGGCUCAUAUCAUCUCAAAACCCACAGCAUUUAGAAGCUGACCUCUGUAUCAUCUCAUGCUGUGAAUAUUCAGUUCACUUUCCAUUUUACUGAAAAUGUGUGGAACUUCUUUUUAUAAAAAUGGGGCAAUUAAAUCUCUUUUCAUCACAUAAUUAUUAAGUCCUGUUCCCCACUGAUCACCAAAAUGUGCUCAAUCUUAUGAAAGACCAUACUCAGUAACUGUUCACUUCCCGUCUUUUUGGUUUUUCCCUAAAGCAGAAUCCCUACCGUUGGUUGACAAUAAUCUCUAAAGAAGAGGUAAUUUUCAGCCUUUCUCUUAUCACCAAGAACCUUUCUGCUCUGAGAGUUCAGGUCAUUACAUACACUUUUUUUUUCUGGAAAUAGGGGCAUUGUGACACUAACCAUGGUUUAAACUGGAGCGUGUCUGAACCCAUGGUCGGGUUCAGAAGCCAGCAGAGGGAGCAGCAUACAGGACAAAAAUUAAAUUAAAUUAAAUAGAAGCAAAAUAAAAGCAGCUUUUAUUUCAAGUGCAUGUACCAAGCUGUGUAUGACAAUAUAUCCCACUCACUAGCAUCAUUAAAAAGUUUUAUAUUAUUUCCAUGGAGCAAUUAGAACCCAGCCUGUCCAAUUUCAACGUAUCUUUUAAUUCUUCUGUAUGCUCUUUGCUAUUAUUCAUUGUGUGUGUUUGUGUGUAACCAAGAAUGUUUGCAAAAUGCUGGCCACAUUUUUACCCUUCAUUCCCAUGGUCUGUAAAAAAGGAAAGUGUAAAAUCAAUCUGUAAUGUCAGACAAUAAAGACAAUGUAUUACAUUAUUUUGUAUUCUGUGAAAAAAAUUACUUUACUAAACUAAAGUCAAAUUUUAAUAAGAAACAGUCCCUCUGGGUGAAGGACACGCAACAUUUACAGCCUGUAUAAUUGCCCGUAAAUGCGUACAUGGGGUAUUGCUAUUGUGCUUCCUAUAUACUUAGAUCAUGGUAGAGAAAAAUGCCUUUCUCUUGGUACUUCUCUCUGCAAAUGGCCUCUUUUCUUUCCUGUCUCUUACUUAGCAUGUACAGUAAAAAAAAGGAAAUAAGAUUCAAAUAUAACCUUUCUCCUCCUAGUGGAGAGAGAGGGCAAUGGUCCUGUAUUCCGUCAGCCUUGCUUUAGCCAUUUCCCUUGGAGGUCCCUUCCCUACCAUUUCCCGGGCAGCACGUUCUUAAAAGGCUCCCGCAGACCAGGAAGUUCGUAACAGAUGGGUGCACAAAGCCAAGCUAUGGCAGUGCCUGUAAGGCGGCACCACUGCCCACCCCCCCCCCCCCGACCUUCCACCUCGGAGCCCCUCAGCAGCGUCUGCAUCUUGGGAGGUCGGCCAGCAGCGGUUCAUCAGCAUAGGCAUCUAAGGCCAUUAGUCCCCACCAUGCAGAAGUCUGUAAUGCACUGUCUGGGCGGUGGGAGAGUUUGCCCGUUUUACUUACUUCUGUAUUCGCUUUUAUACUCAAGCCUCUUUUCAUAAAGGAUUUGAGGCAGCUUACAACAAAACGUAUAAACAGCAACUUCGUAAAAUUGAAAUAGAACAAGAGAAAACUAAAGAAAGGAAAAUGUGAAUAUGCUAAUCAUAAAGGACAAGGGUGUUACUCUGAGCUUUCGGGCAAUGAAGCAAAAAAGGAAAAUAUAAUCAGUGAUUUUAUCAGUACAGAAAUAGCACUUCUCAGGGGAACAAAAUUUCUGUUGGUGUAAAAUAUAAAAGAAACUUUUCACUCAGAGCUUUAUAGAAGGACUACCGAAUAAUAAAAUGGGAAAAUGCAGUCAUAGAUUUCAUGUGGCUGUUUCUUAUACUGACCUUCAGUCAAAAUUAAAGACAGAACCCCAUAAAUCUUAACCCUAUAGAGGCAGUUCUACAAGGAAAUAAACAAAUUGCCUGUCCAAAUAUAUAGGCUUCUUGUGGUAUAACAUGAUCUAAGGAGAGAAUUUAGAGGUUUUUAGACUGGCAUCUGCUUCUAAAUUCUGUUUUUAUUUAUGAGCCUUUUCCCUUUGGGGACAUUCUUUUUGUAAAACCGAACUUAAACACCCCACACAAAAAAUUGUGCUUGAUUUAAUGACUUCUACUUGCUUUAUCAUAAGUCUGUGUGGUUCAAUGUAGUGUUUUAUUAUACUGGUAUAUACAAUUCCUACUUACAUUGUUUCUUGUUAGAGGUAAUGCAUGAAUUUAUUCCCCUGGAGGAGAGAACAUGAAUUUUCAAAAGUAGUGCCUGUAAUAUAAUAUGAUAUAUGGUAUCACAAGCAAUAAAUUUUUUUUACAAAACUUGAA